CACAUCGAGCGCCACCGUUUCAGCAGCAAUGGACUACAGUACUGAAGAUGAGCACCAACACGGCCAUGGCCAUGGCGACGGUGACGACGCGGCGGAGUGGAAGAAGGUGGCGGAGCUGAGGGCCGUCGUCGAGGCCCAGGACCCCGCUGCCAAGGAGGAGGAUGACUUUUCGCUGCGACGAUUCCUGCGUGCCCGGGACCACAACAUCGGCAAGGUGUCGGCCAUGCUCCUCCAGUACCUUUCCUGGAAGCGUGUUGCCAAGCCCCAUGGCUCCAUCUCGGCCGACGAGGUGCGCGACGAGAUUGCAAAGGAUAGAGUCCGCAUGCAGGGCUUCGACCGUCUCAAUCGCCCCAUGGCGUAUCUCUAUGGUGCACGACAUUUCCCUGCCCGGCGUGACCUUGACGAGUUCAAGCGCUAUGUCACCUAUGUCCUUGAUAAAAUUUGCACUAGGUUGCCUGUGGGGCAAGAGAAGUUUGCAGCGGUGAUAGACAUGAAGGGGUGGGGAUAUGCGAAUUGUGACAUCCGGGGUUACGUGGCGGCAUUGGAAAUCAUGCAGGGCUACUACCCGGAGCGCCUUGGCCGGGUGUUCCUGAUCCACGUGCCCUACAUGUUCAUGGCGGCAUGGAAGAUGGUGUACCCGUUCAUUGACGACCGAACCAGAAAGAAGUUUGUGUUCGUCACUAAUAAGGACCUCAAAUCCACGCUCCAGGGCGCCAUUGACGAGUCCCAGCUCCCCGAGGAGUACGGUGGCAAGCUGAAGCUUUAGGGCUACAACAAUUCACUGUAGUCCAAAUCCAUCUGAUGAUUGGAUGAUCAUGAUCACUACCUGAAGAUGCAAUUAAGGGUCCACACUCCGACACGCCAUCGACGAGUCCCAGCUCCCCGAUUAGUACGACGGCAAGUUGACACUCUAGGGAUAUCAAAGUUCACGAUCGUCUAAGUCAUUUAGACGGUCGGUCGAUGGCGAUCACUAGCUAACAUAUGAAAUUAAGGGUGUGCCGGAACUGCCAAGUGAACCUAAGAUCAGUGACAAUCCUUUUAAAGCAGGGGAACGUCUUGCCGCUUAUACUACACAUAAGUCACAUGUAC